CAUUUUAAUUUCUUAUAUUCGUUUGGGUAGCUGCCGUAGCAGUGAUGAGAGCUGUUUUGCCAUAGUCUUUUCAAAUCCGUGCAAUACCUCCUCUUUUUCAUCCAUUUCAAAAACAAAAAGCAAACUAAUGAAGCGAUAAUCCUGUACAAAAUAUAUAUUUUUUUGUAAGCUACAGUAGCUGGUUAGCCACAUAAAUAGCCUGAAACUGUUUUAGCAAGUUCUAGCAUUUUGUUUCGCGACAUCAUCAUGCACGACGAGAAAUCCAGGACGUACAUGUAUAAAUAAAUGACUCGUCUCAGCGACAGCCAAUAUCGGAGUCCCAACAACAUAAUACUAGAAAAUGACCAAAAACAAAUAUUUCAAUAUAUUUUAAGAGGCAUUUGGCUAACCCGCUAGAUUAAGGGGCUGUAAAAAUGUGUGAUUGCGCAUGCGUGCGUUUUAGUUUAUUGAACGAGACUGUUGAAAGCUUUAAAAUGUUGCAGGAAAAAGGUAUAAAGUUAUCGAACUGACAUUCAACGGCUCCUUAAUCUAUUUAAAUAUAACGUAUAUUGAUCUUUUCUGCAAAAUGCUAUUCUCUGAAACAGCGAAUCACUUCUCUACUAGAAGUGAAAAUGUGUCGGUGCCAUAUUCUGUUAAAUAAUAACAGUGCGUGACUCACUUGCCUGGAGCGAAAUAUUCAUUAUCGGAAAGACCUUUGUUACUUUCACAACAACCGCAACUGCAGAACUUGUUGAAUGCCACAUCGGCAUAACAGUGUGCUGAUAAAAAUGAAUGCACAGGAAAGAAUGUAGAACAGCAGUCUACUAUGAGGUUCAAGUGGAGACAGAGCAUCUUGCUCUUAGCAGUUGUAUGCAUUUCUGAAAUUACUGGUCAAUCAUGUGAUGGACAGUGUGGUGAAACAUGGGGGACGUGUUCAUGUCACGCUACAUGUGUGUCCCUUCUGACCUGCUGUGGAGACUACAGACAGUACUGUCUCCAGAUCUCCCCUUACUCAGGAACUAUGAUGGGUGGAAGUGUCUUCUCUAUCCUCAAUGCCACCUUCUAUCCAAGCAAGCAAGAGCAGCUCACCUGCAGGUUCAGGGGUGAGAUAGAGACAGUGGGCUACACAGACGGAGAAGGCAGAGGUUACUGUGUCUCUCCCUUACUGUUCCAGAGUGGCUGGCUUCCCUUUGACGUCUCUACAGAUGGACAGAACUUCAACAGUUCUGGAGAAUACCUGUCCGUCCACCCAAGUAAAAUGGACGCUGCAUUUAAAGUGACGCUGGUGAAUUCAACACAGUGGCAAUACUACGGCACCCCCAACACAGCUGGAACACUGAGGAUGACAUGGAACCCUUCUCUGAUUGGAAACACGGACAGAGUCAACAUAGAACUAUGGGGGUACAGAGAGGUCAAUACCUCUACUACUGAUACUACAUGGGAGGAAGAGUUGCCCCCCCUGAGGGCAGAAUGGACCUACUUAUACUCUCUCGGAAAAGGCCUAGCCAACAGCGGCAGUUUCAGCUUCACCCCCAAGUCCUCCGAGAAGCCCUACUCUGACUGGGAGGUGGGGAGUGUCAGAGUGAGCUCCAGUAUCUACUCCGAUGGAGCCAGGAACGUCAGGGCUGUGUGGAGUGGGGCCCAUGCCCUGGCCUGGCACCUGGAGGAGGCCUUUAGGCAGGACUCAGCAGCCUGGGCCCUGGACAGGUGCCUGGCCUGGGAUGUCCUGGAGAAGAGUCUCCCUAACUUCCUGGAGGAGGUGGUGGACUGUCCCUGUACCCUGGCCCAGGCCCGUGCUGACACCGGCAGGUUCCAUACUGACUACGGCUGUGACAUGGAGAAGGGGAGUGUAUGUACCUACCACCCUGGAUCUGUGCACUGUGUCCGAGCCGUACAGGCAAGCCCUGUGUACAGAGCAGGACAGCAGUGUUGCUAUGACAGCACGGGGGCCCAGGUUCUGACCGGGGACUCGAUUGGAGGCAGCACCCCAGAUCGGGCCCACGACUGGGGCUCCCCUCCCUACAGAGACCCCCCUCGGAUCCCCAGCCUUUCCCACUGGAUGUACGACGUCCUGACAUUCUACUACUGCUGUCUGUGGUCUGACCACUGCCAGGUGUACUUCACACACAGACCCUCCAGCGGCUGUAGACACUACACACCACCUACAGCUGGUGCAGUCCUAGGGGACCCACAUUUUCUAACGUUUGAUGAUGUAAGGUACACCUUCAAUGGGAAAGGAGAGUAUUACCUGGUUCUCUCGCCAGACAGAGGGCUCAGUGUUCAGGGCCGGACAGAGCAGGUGAAACUAGAGAACGGUACAUUAUCCAAGGCUACCAGGCUAUCGGCGGUAGCUAUGAGGGAGAGGAGCUCUGAUGUCAUAGAGGUGCGCCAGGCGGAGCAGCAGAACCAGCUGGAGGUGUUGAGGAACCAGCAGGUUCUCUCCUUCACAGAGCAGUCAUGGAUGGACCUACAUGGUGUGUUCCUGUACUCCCCAACACCCCAGAACGUGACCGUCAUGUUCUCCUCUGGCGUGGGGAUGGAGGUACGGGGGCGAGAGGGGGGUGCCAUGGCCCUCACUGUGCUGCUCCCCCCAGACUACACCAACCUCACCCAGGGCCUGCUAGGACAGAUGAACUCUGACCCCUUAGAUGACCUCCUGACCAGCCUGGGAGAUGUCGUCUCCCCUGACAACACCAGUCCUGAGGAAAUCUUCACCUUCGGAGCUAGCUGGAAAACCUCCAACCAGACGUCUCUGUUCACUUACGACAGUAAGUACCUGUUGGACACGUACUACUACGUGAAACACGACCCAGCCUUCGUCCCGGCCUUCUCUGUGUCCCAAGACCCAGCUGACCCUCUGGUGGGGGACAUGCUGAAGAUGUGUUUCGGUGAUGGGGCCCAGUUCUGCAAGUACGACACCCUGAGCACCCGUAGUCUGGCUGUGGGUAACGCCACACUCCUGUCCUUCAGAAGUCACCAGACACUCAUGCAGGACCUGGAGUCUGUGGUGUCCUGUGGGUGGCUGGCCUCUCCGAGGUACGGUGAGAAGAUAGGUACACGCUACCUAGAGGGUUCGACAGUGAGCUUCACCUGUAACAGUGGCUCUGUUCUGUAUGGAUCACCAGAACGUACCUGUCUACCCAGUGGAGAGUGGACUGGAGAGGACGUGUCCUGUAUCUCUGAUAAUGUCCUAGGAGUGGUGCUGGGUUCUGUGUUUUCCAUAGCUACUCUGAUAACCAUGGGGGUGAUGAUCAAUCUACACUUCAGGAAUCAGAAAAGGUGUGUUCACUGUUUC